AUGCUGUUCCUUUCGCUCUUGUGUUCGCUCUUCGUUCUGCCGGCAGUCGUCUUGGCGGCCUUCGGCUGGACUGACAACGGUUCAGAGUAUGUCAUUGACAGUGGCUCUGACCUCGUCAUCAAGGUGACCAAGUGCUGCGGUGACAUAUCUUCGCUCAACUACAAGGGCGUCGAGUACAACGGCUGGGGCGGCAAGAACUCCCACGUCGAAUCAGGACUCGGCACCAGCACGGUCAGCAUCGCAAGCUACACCAAUGUCAUCAAGGUCUCGGUCGUCCACGGCACUCUCAAGCACUGGAUCUUCGUCCGUUACGGAAACAACAAUGUCUACCUCUUCACGAACAAGGCAGACGAUUCCGUCUCGGCCAUGCGCUACAUCGUUCGCAUUAAGGGCGGAUUGUUCCCACACGACUCCACUGAGAGCGAUUUCUACGAUGCCAGCAGCACCAUCAUCGAGGCUCAGGACGUCAACGUCAACAGUGCCGGCUUGACCAAGAGCAAACACUACCAAGGCUCCAACUACGGCCGAGUCAUAGAUUUCGACUACGUCGGCCGCAAGAAGACUGGCGUCGGCCUGUUCAUGAUCAGAAGUAACCACGAGAAGGCCAGCGGCGGUCCCUUCUUCCGGUCCCUCGUGCGCCGCGCAGACCCGACCGGCGAGGACUUGUACGACAUCUACUACUACAACAUGGGUCACACUGACCCUAUGCGCACCGGUCUUCAAGGCCCCUCCGUCGUGGCUUUUACCGCCGGCGAGGACCCGAACAGCAACCUCUUUGCCCGCAAAGCCGACUGGUCCUGGUUCGAUGGCCUCGGCAUUGAUGGCUGGGUUCCUGCCUCUGGUCGUGGCUACGCUUCCGGUGUCGGUCUUUCCAACACGAAGACCGGCAAGACAUACGUCGUCGGGCUGUCCAACUCUGCCGCUCAGUACUGGACCGCCGCUGGCUCUGGCGGCGCCUGGUCCAUCACCAAUAUCAUCCCCGGCACUUAUACCCUGACCGUCUACAAGGACGAGCUCGAGGUCGCCACCUCCUCUGUCUCCAUCAAGUCUGGGGUUGGUACUGCCGUCAACACCAUCACCUGUGUUGACCCGCAGGAUGACGCUACCAUCUGGCGCAUCGGCGAGUGGGAUGGAACUCCCAAGGGCUUCUUGAACUUUGAGGAUACCCCCAUGAAGCCUACUUACAUGCACCCAUCCGACACCCGCAUCUCCACCUGGAAUGCCGGCAACUUCAUCGUGGGCACCCACAGCGCUAACCGUUUCCCUGCUUACAUGUGGAAGGAGGUCAACAGCGGCUACCUCAUCUACUUCAAGCUCACCGCCGCCCAGCUCACCGCCGGCCACACCGUCCGCAUCGGCAUCACGGAGGGCUACAUCGGCGGCCGCCCUUCCAUCAACAUCAACUCAUGGGCCUCAGCCCUCCCCGCGGCAACCAACCAAGCCAGCACCCGCUCGCUGACCGUCGGCACCUACCGCGGAAAUAACGUGAAAUUGACCUACGCCGUACCCCAGUCCGCUUGGAUCCAGAGCACGAGCGAGUGGCAGAUCCUCACCAUCAAUAUCAUCAGCGGCAGCUCCGGAGAAGAAUACCUCAGCCCCGGAGUCAGCUUUGACGCCGUUGAGCUACUGGCUUGA